AUGCUGCCUGCCUGCCUGCCAGCCAGCCCGCCCUAUGCUGAGCUGAGCUAUUCCAGCCAGUAUUUGCGGUGCCCGUCCAGGCUCCAGACUGUCGUCAGCCACCCCCGCCCUUGCGGCUUGGAAACCGCCCUCUCCCGGGCCGCCGUCACAAAGGCUUUCCUGACGCCGCGUUCUAAGGGAGGGGUAGGGGAGACCCAGCGCGAGCAGCUCGGGGAGCGGGCGGCGGCAACAGUAGCAAGUUGCACAGCAGCAGUAGCAAGUGGUACAGUAACAGUAGCAGUAGCAACAGCACUAGCAGUGGCAGUAGCAACAGCAGAGCGGUGCAGAUCAGGCAGCCCUGGGAUGGAGCGGCGCCGGACUGAGGGCGCUGCCAGCAGCCAGCGAAGGUUCGCAAACCCGCAGGCUCCUAUGGUUGUCGCAGAACGUACUACUGAUGACUACAAGAAGAUGGGCACAUUCUUCGGGGAAAUCAAUAAAUGUCUAGUCAACAUUGGCUUCUCGCGGAUACCAUUUGGGACUCGUGUUGUGGAGCCAGUCGUAAUGGUUUUCUUUUGGGUUCUGCUGGGAUUCCUUGGACUACAAGCGUUAUCUUUGGUGGGUGCUCUCUGCCUUGUUAUUAUUUUCAUCCAAGAAUAAAAGAUGCCCGAAGAAUGUACUUGAAAUUCACUUUUCUACUUUGUACGUUAUAUAAUUAUGUUCAGAAUUUGUAUUGAUGUGAAUAUGAAUAUUUAUUAUUUGGAUAUAUAAUAUUCAAAAAGAACUUUAAAGUAUUGCUAUGUACCAACUUUUUAAAGCUUUUUUAAUCUUUGCAAAAAAAAGUGUACUGUAUAUAAGUGUACAAUAUUGACAAGGCUGUGGCUGAAAUGCAAUAUUUUUAAUGAACAUUUCAUUUUGGACACCAUGUGAAUUUUUUUUUGUGGAGAAAACUCAGGGCAUGAAGAAUGAAAUAGUUGCCAAAUUAUUCAUGGGUAAAAGUCUUGAUUAUUGUAAAGUUAUUCUCACUGUAAACUUUUUAAGCAAAGCCUUGGCUUUAGCAACAGAUGUGUCUUUGGAUUCUUCUGUAGCACACUAAAGUGAAGAGUUACUUGAAAUGUUUUUCUCAUGCCAACUUUGAUUUCAUUGGUAUUCUUGAAACUGCUGAGCAAUACAUGGAUAUUUAAAAUAAAAACAUUUGUAGCAAAAAAACCCA